AUGCGUUUAACCUGUGCAUAUUGCCACAAUGUGACAUUUACUGCUGUAAAUGGUAAACAAUUAGCAUUACACAUAUUAGAAAAUCACCGUUUUGCUACUUUAAAAGUUGGAUCUUCUGGAGAGGUUGCUGACAAAUCGAAAUUGAAUUUAAAAUAUUUAGACAAUGUGUAUUACUUAAAACAAGGCCAUUCUGAUGGAAAUGAUAAUAUUCCA